GAGUUGGAGGUUGCAGUGUAUAGCCGCAUUGAUGCUCAUCCAAUCCUUUUGCAGAGCUCCUGCAACAUCAUGUGGAUUGAGACUGGAGAUGAUUCUGAAAGUUGGGCCCAUACUUCUAAUUCUGAUGCCAUAUCAGAAUAUGGCAAUGGUGCCUCAUGGUGCACACCGCCGCAGCCCAGUUUAGAUUUCUCCUGCCUCAGCACCCCAAGUGCUAUCUCUCACGUGUUUGGAUGGUGA